GGUUCCCUGUGUUGUCUGCUACUUGGUACUAAGAUCUUCUAUUAUCAGUAUCUCCUUUUUCCUGAUUCCAAAAAACAAAAAACAAAAACCCAUAAACGAAAAAAAAAAUGACUUAGAGCCAGAUUAGGAGAGUCGUAUCCCAGCAACAUAUAUAUACCAUGCUUUCAACUCACUAACCCUGCCGUACUCUGUUUCAGAUUUCCCCUGCUAUAAAUUAUACGCAUAUGUGAACACAUUUGUAUGUGUAUAAACUAUAUAUAGUGUAUAAUUAUUAAAUAAAUUGAACUAUUGAAGCCUAUGCUUCUUUCUUUUUAGCUUUUUAAUGGUUCUCUGGCUAUAUAUCUUUAAAUCUUUAGCUAUAGCAUGCGUGCACGCACACAUGCAUAUUCAUUUCUUCAUCACAGACAUGUCGGCAUGGAUGUGGUCACCAUGAUUGAGCACGUAUAAAAAAGAGAAGCAUAGAGAGCCUUCGCGUGGGGGGAAAAACAAAAAAAGUGAUCAAAAUGGAGAGUGUGUGGAUUAAUGUGGUGUCUCUGAUGAUGGCCUCAUUGAUAUUCUUGUGGUUGUCUGCCUUAAUCCUCCGCAGAAGCAGGCUUAGGUUGAUCCGAUCGAGAGGCCGACUUCCUUUGGGAACUCUCGGGUGGCCUGUCGUCGGCGAAACCAUCGAGUUCAUCUCUCGCGCUUACUCCGACCGCCCCGAGAGCUUCAUGGACAAGCGCCGUCACGUGUACGGGAAGGUGUUCAAGUCGCACAUAUUUGGGAGUCCGACCAUAGUUUCGACUGAUGCAGAAGUGAGCAGGGUUGUUCUGCAAAGCGAUGCGAAGGCCUUUGUGCCAUCUUACCCGAAAUCUCUCACCGAGCUGAUGGGGAAGUCCUCCAUUCUGCUCAUCAAUGGAAGCUUGCAGAGGAGAGUCCAUGGACUGAUAGGAGCCUUCUUCAAGUCCCCACAUCUCAAGGCUCAAAUCACUCUAGACAUGCAAAAUUAUGUUCAAGAUUCAAUGAGGAAUUGGAGAGAAGAUCGUCCUAUUUUCAUCCAAGAUGAAACCAAAAAUAUUGCCUUCCAAGUGCUAGUAAAGGCCUUGAUUAGUUUGGACCCAGGUGAAGAAAUGGACUUUCUAAAGAAACAGUUCCAAGAGUUCAUAUCAGGCCUCAUGUCCUUCCCUGUGAAGAUCCCAGGAAGUCAACUCUACCGAUCAUUGCAGGCAAAGAAGAAGAUGGUUAAGUUGGUACAAGAAAUUAUUCAAGCUAAGAGGACUAGUGGCAUCCCAAUGGUUCCCCAAGAUGUGGUGGAUGUUUUGCUCAAGGAUGCAAGUGAACAAUUAACAGAUGAUCUAAUAUCAGAUAAUCUGAUUGAUUUGAUGAUACCGGGAGAGGAUUCGGUGCCGGUUCUCAUGACUCUUGCUAUAAAAUAUCUCUCAGAUUGCCCUGCUGCUCUCCAACAGUUGACGGAAGAGAACAUGAACUUGAAAAGGCUCAGAGACCAACUUGGACAGCCAUUGUGCUUCAGUGAUUACCUAUCACUACCGUUCACACAAGCAGUAAUAACAGAAACAUUGAGGAUAGGGAACAUUAUUGUAGGGGUGAUGAGAAAGGCCAUGAAGGACAUUGAGAUAAAAGGAUACUUCAUACCGGAAGGGUGGUGUGUAUUCACGUAUUUUAGAUCAGUUCAUCUUGAUGAAAAUCUCUAUGACUGGCCUCGCCAGUUCAAUCCAUGGAGGUGGCAAGACAAAGAUGUGAGUGGCUGUAACUUCACCCCUUUUGGAGGGGGACAAAGGCUGUGUCCUGGGCUUGACUUGGCCAGGCUGGAAGCUUCAAUCUUCCUACAUCACUUUGUCACUCAGUUCAAGUGGGUGGCUGAAGAUGACUCAAUUGUCAACUUCCCCACUGUGAGAACGAAGAGGAGAAUGCCAGUCUGGGUGGAGAGAAGGAGAGACCCAUGCCCAUGAGGAACUCUGAAGAAGAGCACUACCAUCAGCUAAGUGACAGACAACAGCCAACAUGAAAAAGAAGGAAAAAUUUUAAAAAGCCAUUGGUUGAAUGCACACGUGUGGGGGCAUCAGACAAGAAGCAGACACAUUUGCCCACUACUCUCCUAGCUACUAAGCUAUUGCACGUGCACAUAUAGCCAGUAGAAGUCUAUAUAUAUAAUUUUUUGUUGGGUCCUAUAUAUGAACUUUGCUUCCUUCUUUUCCCUUCUUUCCCCUGUUUUUACCGUGUAAAAAUCCAAUAAAGGGCGUGUAGGGCAACUUUUGUAGGGUAGUGGGCGGUAGAGAUGAUGAUUUGUAUUGAUGGGUCUCAACUCACAAGGGCAUUUGAGACCUACCCUCAAGGGAUGGGGGCCGAAGAAACAAUGGCAUAGAGAGGGUAAUUAACAUGUGUGGAGGUCUAGUUAUAUUAAUUGGCCUAUUUAAUCACGGGUACCUAUGAUUGGAAUGACAUAAUCUAUAAGGCUGGCAGCCCUUUAUAUUUGUUUUUGAA